AUGGAGAAAGAAAAGCCCACCUCUACAUAUCAGCCUCGAACAUGGCCCCGGAGGACUGUCGUAUGGAUGGCAGCAGCUGUGGGGAUAGUGGGUCUGAUAAGGUUCGGUACAUUCCCUACUCCAGCGCUACGCUGGGCGUUCCGGGACGAUCUUCAAGUCCAUGACUCGCCUUACGGAUCAUUCCCACAAGAAAACGACCCGUUCCAGUUCCUCCCCUGCACCAAUGCCAGUCGUCCGCCGCCACCGGAAGACCCUUCUCCGCAGCAAUCAUGGGCUGCUCUCUUUGAUCCAAAUCCCAACCAUUGGAGCUGGGGUAGCGCGGGCCAGGGCAUCUACCUUUGUGGAUACCUAGAUCUCCCACUCGAUUAUCAUAACUCUUCAGAUCCUCGUAUUGUCCGCAUUGCAGUCACCAAAUUCCAGGUCGCGGGUCUGGCUCAUAGGAAUGAUCCCAGGAUUUCACCCAAGAGCUAUAGGAGUGAGCGCACUAUCAUUGUCAACCCAGGGGGCCCGGGAGGAAGCGGAACAUCUUUCGUUUGGAGGGCUGCGGAGGAAGUAACAAACCGCUUUAGUGACGGUCAAUUCGAUGUGCUAGGCUGGGACCCCCGCGGUGUUAAUUUUUCCCUCCCCGCCGCGGCAUGUUUCCCUCAAGACAAUUUCCGGGACCGAUGGUCACUCCUGGCACUUCGAUAUCGCGAGGAGGCACCAAAGGCCCAAUUGGAAGCUGCAGAUGCCAUGAACAACGCCACGUUCUUUGCCUGCCAGCAGCGGCUGGGGGAUCUUGGCCGCUUCGUCAGCACGGCAUCGGUAGCACGCGACCUAGACGAGAUCCGAAAAGCCCUUCAUGAAGAAGAAGUCACUGGAUACUUAGUUAGCUAUGGAACGGGUAUUGGCCAGACAUAUGUCAAUAUGUUUCCUAACCGAGCGGGCCGAAUAAUUCUCGAUGGUACGGAAUAUGUCAGGGAUCAUCGCCUCUUGGGUGGCUUUGGCUGGACGGCUCUCGAUAAUGCGACAGACGCUUGGCGAGACGGGUUUUUAGGCGAGUGUCUCAAUGCCGGCCCAGAGCAUUGCGCAUUGGCCAAACCUGUUUCUAACCAGGACGGCCCUGUCACCCUCGCACAACUGGAAGCGCGCAUGACCCAACUACUUGAGUCGCUCAAAGUUCGCCCACAAUCCGCGUAUACGGAAUCAGGCGGCCCAUCUCUAGUCACUUACUCGGCACUCGUGGAUAGGGUUCUCUAUCCGAUCAUGUAUAAGCCGAUGGACUGGCCGGAUACUGCACAAAUGCUCUAUGAGCUCGAAGCAGGGAAUGCGACUCUGGCAGCCAAAUCCAUAGACCUCUCGUGGAGCGAUCAUUCUGAGAAGCCAUCAUGGCCUCACACUCCAGAUUCUAGUGAGCUCGAGAACCUCGUGAUCUGCUCCGAUUCCUACGAUGCGCCUCUUCCAGACGGACUCGACUGGUGGGAUCAGUUAUGGAAAAACAUGUCUACCCAGAGCUGGAUAGCUGGCAACUCUCGUUUCUUUGCAGUUCUGCCUUGUCGAUAUUUCAAUACCUAUUGGGCCCCUCCUUCGGAGGUGUAUCGAGGCGAUCUGAACCACACUCUCAAGACCCCUACCCUGCUUAUCGCUUCCACGUAUGACCCUGCAACCCCAUUGCGUAAUGGAAGAAGACUCAGAGCCGAGAUGGGCCAAAAUGCCCGGUUGAUUGUUCAUCAUGCUUACGGACAUAGCUCUGGACGUGAUAUAUCGAAUUGCACGGAUGGAGUUGCUAAAGCUUACAUUCUCCAUGGCACUAUUCCGAAAGAACAGGAAACAAAUUGCUAUGCCAAUGAAAGGCCUUAUAUUCAUGGUGAUGUCGGCGAAGAAUAG